GUCUGGUUUGGAGUUAGGAGGGUAUUCUAUCUCCCUAUCACCAACGAACAUCUGAUGAAGCCUCCGGUCAACAUGAGUACUACCAACUGAGAAAGUAGCAUGAGCCUCAUUCUCAUUCUCUCUCUAGGAAAAGAGCAAGAGAAACAAAGAAAGUCGAAAAAAGUUGACUAUGCCACACACAUCAGGAAGAAAAAGUCAUGCUCAAAUUAUAGAUGAGAUGACAAAGAAGAAUAGUGGUGUAAAGUCAACCCAUAUUCAGGUAUUCAGAAAAACUCACACGAGAGAGAAUACACAACCAGUGAAUGAGAUUGCCGGUGAAGUUAUGGUUAAGUUGGAAGUUCAAAAAGCUACCUCAGCUAUGAAAAUUGAGAUGGCGGAAAAGUUGGUUGAAGCACAAAAAGAAAUGGAAGCUAUGGAUAAAAAGUUGUCUAAAGCAAAAGAGGAUAAGGAAGCAGUGGAGAGAAAAUUAUCGGAAGCAAAAAUGGACAUGGAAGUAAUUAUAGUAGGUAGGGUAAAAGCAGGUGUACAAGCAUAUCUAGAGUCUUUGGAUAUUACUUUUGAUGCAUAUACAAAAUCAGGACAGAUAAAUAAUUGUGUUGUUCACAAAAAUUACUUUUGUUAGUUGAUAACUUAGUUAUUUUUA